GAGAAGUAAUGAAAAAUUUAUGUACACGUACACCCCGACUUCAUUCCCUAUACAAGCAAGCAUUCCGAAGACCCCUACCCCGAGUCCUCCAAUCCUUGGCCCAAUUCAGAAGUCCCAUGAGUUCCUCAGAGUACGCCAUGGUUCAGGAAUUAGCUCACCUGGUUUGUGGAAAUAUUUAUAACAAGGAGCUUAUCUUAUCCGUGGAAGAUGCCUUUGUUGAUUUUCUUCAGGAUAAUACGAGUUCAAAAGAGGUGUUGGAGUUGGAACCAAUGAACUCAUAUCAUCGUCAUCUUACACAUCAGCUUGCUGAUAUUUUUGGGUUUUCUCAUCAUUCAGUAGGUGAAGAAAAUAAUCGGCACAUAGUUGUGGAGCGAGGCCCUAAGACAUCGAUCCCUUCUAUCCUUGUAAGAGAUUUACUAUUGAAGUAUGGUGAACUGAAGUUUCUGAAUAAACGGUCUAAAUAUCAAGAAGAUGAAGAUGAAGAUGAAGAUGGUACAGAGGUUGAGAAGUUAGCUUUCACUGUUAAGGACAAUCUUUCUUGCAAGCACCUUAUUCUAUCUAUGGAAGAGGCCUUCAUUAAUUUUCUUCAGGACGAUACGAGUUCAAAUGGGGUGCUGGAGCUGAAACCUAUGGAUCCAUAUUGUCGCCAUCUUAUACAUCGGCUUUCUGAUAUUUUUGGACUGUCUCAUCAUUCAGAAGGUGAAGGGGAUGAUCGGCACUUAAUUGUGGAGCGAUGCCCUGAGACAUCGAUCCCUUCCGUCCUUGUCAGAGACGUUCUAAGGGAAUAUGGUGAAGUGCUAUCUCCAUGGAAUUUUGAAAUACUACCAAGGAAGCAAGAAAGUGCAGGCUCUCCACAGGCAGGGAAUCCAGAGGCAUUCAUUUUCACUUCGCUUGAAGAGAAAGAAGCUGCAUAUCUUGCUGCACGCCAGCGGAUAUUCUCAACCGAUGGAAACGCGACAGGAAGUAUGACAGAGAGGCCAAAGACAGACCUUGAGGUGGCCCGCAGAAUGAUAGGUCAUGCACUCGGUCAGCGGAUCAGACCGUCUAGCGGAGGCGAAGUCAUGGAUGGCGUGAAGGAAGAAGAGGGGACGGAGACGAAAAUGCCCAUGGGCAACACAAGUCUUGGUACUCUGAGUGAAGUAAAGAGUGAGGGCAAGAUGGGAAAUGAAGACUUGAUCAAAGAGCAGCAUAUGGGAGCCGCAAAGAGAUUGUUUGCUAAUGCUCUCGGGGUUCCGAGAGAUGGCAAUUUACCCAAACGAAGCAUCGAAUCAAAGCAAACGAAGACAUUCCGAGUCAAGGGAGAAAAUGAAGAACCAAAUCAAACGAAGGCAUUCGGAGUCAAGGAAGAAGACGGUACGCUUUCUGAUUGUUAGUAUUAGAUUGAAUGAACUGGUUUUCCAUGAGCGAGUUGUCUUAUUGCACAUAAACAAUCUUUUGAGUUCGCCUAUUAAUGAAACCAAACAGAACUGAUCAGGUGUCUCCCUCUUUUUUGUUUCCAUCAUGUGCAUGUUUGAUCAUCAAUUUGCUUAUUACUCCCUUUGUCCCAGAGUAUCGUCCAAUUUGACUUUUUUUGACUAAAACUCGGCAAAUUUCGACCAUCAAUUAUAUUAAAUUUUAAAUUGAUUA